AUGGAUUUACAGGCGGAGCAACUCCCUGUCAUCAUAAUCGGAGCCGGCAUUGUUGGUUUGACUCUUGCCCAGUCUUUGAAAAAGGACGGCGUACCUUUUGUGAUUUACGAAAGGGAUGCGUCCUCUGGCGCAAGCGAAGGUGGAUGGGGCAUCACCGUCCACUGGGGUCUCUCUGCUUUCGAAUCAUGCUUGCCACCAAGCCUCUUCCACCGCCUCCUUGACAUUCAAGUCGAUCCAGAACAGGGACGAAAAGAUACGGGUAAAUUCCUCUUUCUCGACCUGGCAACAGCGGAACCACGCUUCAGCAUUCCAGCAAGCAAGCGUUUGCGCAUCAACAGACGCAAGCUGCGCAAUCUUCUUACGACUGGCAUGAACGUUCAUUGGAACAAGACGGUCAAGUCCUUUGAUACUUCAACCCCCGGCCAAGUUUCAGCGACUUUUGAGGAUGGUACUAUUGCUCUUGGCAGCGUCAUCGUGGGCGCAGACGGGAGCAGUAGUCGGACGCGCCGCCUGCUUCUUGGGCUUGAAAAGGCGAAGCUCAGCCAGUUGCCUCUGCGCUUUGCUGGUGUUACGAUGCGAAUGACACCUGAAGAAGUGAAGCCACUGAGGGACAUUGAUCCGCUUUUGUUCCAAGGCUCGCAUGCCGAUACGCACACCUUCUUGUGGUACUCGACUUUAUCAACUCCGGAAGUCAACGGCUCAUCCGGAGCCGGAGAAUACUUUGAAGGGCAACUGAACAUGUCAUGGCCAGUCAAAUCAGAAGCCGACGAGGUGCCGCAAACUCAUCGCGACCGAGUUACCAAAAUGAAAGCCAUGGCCGAACCCUUCGAGGCCAGACUGAAAGCAGCCGUUGAAAGCAUACCGGACGACUCACAGGUGCUGGAGAUCAAAUUACAAGACUGGCCCACCCAAGCAUGGGACAACUAUCAGGGUCGAGUGACGUUGGUUGGCGAUGCUGCUCAUGCCAUGACUAUGUACAGAGGCGAGGCAUUCAACCACGGCAUUACAGAUGCGGCAAGGCUAAGCGAACAGCUGAUUGAAGCUCAUCAAGCUCGUACGGGCUAUGAAAGGGCGGUGGAGUCCUAUGAAUCGGAGAUGCGGCCACGGACCCGGACAGCAGUCCUUCUCUCUCGGCAGGCUUGCCUUGACGCGCAUGACCUCAAUGCUCUGACUCCCGAUAGCCCAUUGGUGAGCAAACGGGCCAUUAUACUGGAGCCAGCUACCAUAGAAUAA